AUGACGAGCAAUUGCUUCUAUGGCGUCGGGCUCUACACCCUCCCGCUGCCGCUCGUGUCUGUGGUUGAAGACGGAGAGCAGAUCAUCCGAGUUGGCAGCCAGGAAUUGCUCCGCGGGCGCCCGGACCUUAUCGCGCGCGGGCUCUUCGGAUUCAACUUCUCCCGCUACGAGGGCAAGCGGGUUGUGACUAUAGAGGGCGAGCCGGCGCUCCCGUUUAUCGCGCAGUGGGCGGACAAGUACGUGGGGACGUUCCGCAGCGCGGGCGCGCGCUUGAACGCGGCGCUGGCGCACCGCACGGUGAAGGGGCUGGGGGAGAUUGACGGGAGUCAAGGCGCGUUCACGGUGCGCUCCAUUCCGCCACGGAAAGACGCUCUCACGAUGCUGAUCCACGUGAACGACAGCCGCAGCUACUGGCUUGCCUUUUGCCGGAAAGCGGGGGAGGGGGAGGAUGUGGGGGGAAGCACCACGGAAGGUUCUGCCGCUGCUGACGGUGGUGGCGGUGGUGGUGGUGGCACUGAUGAUGUCGGUGAUAUUAGUAUUGUUAGUGGGAACGCAAGUGGUGAUAAUGACGGGGUUGAUAGUAACGGGGGUGACAAGCUGGCGAAGGGAAUGGGGGAUUUGGGUAUCAGCAAGGCGGGAGGGCUUAGAGGGUUUUCCGUUGCAGUAGGUUCAGGAGGGCCAAAGAAGCGAGUGCCUUUAGCGGAUGCGACUGUAAUGGGGACGGCGGUAGCAGCAAAGGUGGGGACUGGGAGGAAGGGGGUUCCUAUAUUGGAUGCGACUGUAGUGGGGAUGCUGGCGCCAAGGCGGGAUCUGGACCCGCCGCCCCUGAGAGUGCGGGAGGUGGGGGUGGUGGAGGAGGACGGAGGAAGGAAGGAUGGGGGAGGAAGAAAGGAGGGACUCAACCCUACUUCCCCUGCUGCUGGUGAUGGGGGCUCGACUGUGGGUGACGCUGCUGCUGGGGGAGGUGCACCUGAGGCUGGUGCGACUGCUGCCGCCCCAGCCGCCCCGCAGCAGACGGUGCGGCUGUCAGCAGACGGCGAUCUGUUCCCCGUGCUGCUGCUGCCGGAUGAAACAGCCGUCGUGUGGCUGCACACCUUUAGUACUAAAGGCUUGGAUAUAUCUGCCACGGGGCUCACCCCCUCGCAGUACCUCUACGCCGAGUCCAUGCGCGCCCUCAGCAUUGCCACAAGGCGUGGCAAGCGCAUUGUGCUGGAUGUGCGGGGGAACAGCGGAGGCAUCAUUCAGACCGCCUACGGAGUGGUGAGGGCGUUAGCCGGGCCUGCUAAGACCCCUCCCGGGCAGCUGCAGAUGCCGCAGCAGCUGAUGAUCGGAAACGAGUACACUGCGCGACUCAUUAAAAGCAGCGCCACUUUUUUUUAUAACGCGUCAAAUUAUUGCAACGAGGCCGAGACCGCGGGGUUGAAAGGACCCGCAGAUUUCGGGCCGUUUCAGGAGAUUCAGUACUCGACGGACGGGCAGGCUGGAAAUUAUUCUGCCCGGGUGAAGCUGACGGAGAUGCUGACGUUGUACGACCAAUCUGAUGAUUUCAGCGGGCUGCCCAUGGUGGUGGUUUCUGACGGAACCUGCUUCUCUGCCUGCGCAGUCCUAACUCACAUCUUAAAACGGAAAUUCAGCGUCCCCAUGGUGACUGUUGGGGGGCUCAAGGACCGGCCAAUCGCAGUGAGCUCGUCGUGCCUAGGUGGCACGCUCGGGUCGCUCGACGACGGGAUCUCGCUGCCACUUGUCGGCACGCCAUUGGCCAACGAUCCCCGGGCUACCAAGCCAUUUAAAAUGCAGAUCGACCUGGCGUUUGCGAUGCUGCAAGCAUACGGGUCUGAGAAAGGCGACAGUCAAGGAGUGGGUGGAGGGCAAGAGAUUCCGUGCGAGUUUGAUUUCUUAGAGGCGGACGCGCACAUUGAUUUGAGUAUGGAAAUGGUGGAGCUGCCUAAAGUGCUAUGGGCUGCUGCGGCGGCCCUGCUUCAAAAGGGGAUGAGAUGA